AUGAUGCUCGCAGUUGAGUCGCGAUUCCUCUCCGUACUCAGAGACGCCCGCUGUCUCCGCUGUCAGACACAGGCGGUAUGGACCUCGGUGCGGCACAAGAGCACAGCCAGCGCUAAACCUUCGCCGAAAGAACAACCAGACAAUGUGCAGCCCAUCGAACUCGACCGGCCAAUUGGCCUUCCAUAUCCGCCAUUGCCAGGACAGAAUACGGGGCUUGAUCACCGGUCAUUGAGUGAGCGACGUGAUGAUUUCGUGGAUUGGCAGAAGCAUCUCCAGCGCCGGAAAGAAUUGACGACGCAUCUGGCAAAACCAUAUUUUCGAGAAUGGACAAACCUGAAAUACAACGAGGGCAAAACAUUCCGGUCGAAUCCGCGAUUAUUCAAACAUGACAAGGCCCUCUUCUUCCCGAACCUCUACGGAGUAACGCUAGAAUCACCAAAAAAACCGCAAGAUACAACGAAUAUCAUAAAAGGCAAGAUCUCGGUUGUGAGUCUAUUCUCUAGCCUAUGGGCAGAACAACAAGUAGCGACGUUCACAAAACGGCAAAACAAUCCACAGCUAUAUGAAACGCUCGAGGCCAAUCCGUCUACAACCCAAAGAGUCGAGAUCAAUAUAGAGGAGAACAGGCUAAAGGCAUGGCUGAUCCGUCUAUUCAUGGGUAAUAUGCGACGAAAGAUGCCCAGGGACCAGCAUGAUAAGUACUUUCUCGUGCAGAAAGGCAUGACGGACUCGAUUAAGCAAGCUAUUGGAAUGCUCAAUAGCAAAGUUGGAUAUGUCUAUCUGCUGGAUGAUUACGGUCAUAUUCGUUGGGCGGGCAGCGGCUCUGCAGAACCAUCAGAGAGGGAUUCCCUGAAUGCAGGGCUUUUGAGGUUGAUUGAGGAGAAGAAAAAGCGCGCGGAUGAUAUUAGCGGCGCAUCUACCACAUCGCCAGUGAAGCGAAGAAUAGUGAUGACAGCGAAGGAAUAG